AUUCUGCAGUAAACACCAGAUUUUUGUUUGUGCAUUUCCAUGCUCAGAACAUGCUGAUUGUUAAGAAGUGGGAUUUGUAUCAAUUUCUGCAUGUUGCCAGGGUUGUCAUGCAGGUGACAGAACUUAAGCCAAAUGCCAUGUUUUGCAAGCGCCGUUUAGUGGUAUGAAACAAUUCAUUUGUUUGGUGGGGCACUUGGAGGAAAAUGCUAAUGGAAUUCUCGGUUUCAAACAAUGUGAGAUAAUGAUUGAUGAUCACAUUUGUGGUGUGCAUGGAUGGUCGUUUUCUGAUGGUAUGCGCAUGGAUAGUUGGAGAAUGAUUUGAACGGCCACGGGGACGGGGGUGGGUUGGGGUAGUGUUUUUCAGCCGUUCAUCUCUGUGCCUGGUCGAUGAUGCUGUAUGGUUGCAGUGCGGUAGCGAUUCAAAAUUUUGUUGCCGGUCUCGCGAUAGACUUUGAAAAAUAUGGCGUUUCCCUCGGCAAGGCGAUUCAAAAGCCUCCCUCCUCUGACAAGCACGGCUGGCAGAGGACAAGCGGAUGAACGAAGCUGCCUCGCGUUGCUCCAAGGCUGCGAGUCUCUCCCCAAGCUCCUCCAAGCUCAGGCCUUCCUCCUCAAGUCCGGCCUCCAGGCCAACCCUCUCGUCCUCGCCAAAUUCACCUCCACCGCCUCUUCCCUCGACGCCGUCGAUGCCGCCACCUCCCUCCUCUUCCAUCCCCGUGCCACCACCCAUCUAUACGACGACGUCCUUUUCAACACCGUCAUCCGAUCCCACGCCAAUGCCCACCGCCCCGAGUCCAAGCAAGAAGCCAUCUUUUACUAUUCCCUCAUGCUCCGCGGCAACCUCCACCCCAACAAGUUCACAUUCCCUUUUCUCCUCAAGGCCUGCGCUGGCCUCCCCAGUGCCCACGGUAUCGGUUCCCAGGUCCAUGCCUCCGCCGUCAAAUUUGGAUUCGCUGAUGAUUCCUACGUGCAGAACACCCUCAUCCACAUGUACUCCAGCUCCACCACUGGCCUUGACUGUGCUCGCAAGGUGUUCGACAGGAAUCCUAAGUCGAGCCCGGUCACCUGGAGUGCUAUGAUCGCCGGCUAUGUCAGGUCGGGCCUCUCCAACGAGGCCGUGACUCUCUUUCGGGAGAUGCAGGUCAGUAGAGUGCGGGCCGACGAUGUCGUCAUCAUCACGGUGCUUUCUGCUUGUGCCGACUUGGGGGCGCUCGAACUCGCAAGAUGGCUCGGGUCUUAUGUCGAGAGGGAAAGGAUCCCGAAGAGUCUGUCUUUGUGCAAUGCUCUGGUGGACGCCCUUGCCAAAUGUGGGGACAUUGAUGGCGCGGUGGCUUUCUUCAAGAGAAUGCCGGAGAGAAGCAUCGUGUCAUGGACAUCCGUGAUCGAUGGACUUGCGAUGCACAGCCGUGGGAGUGAAGCGGUUUGCGUCUUCGAGGCAAUGAAGGAUGCUGGCGUGCCCCCUGACGACGUAACCUUUAUCAGCGUCCUCACUGCAUGCAGCCAUGCUGGCAUGGUUGAUGAGGGAUGUCGCUAUUUUGAUUCGAUGAGGAGCGAAUUCGGCCUCCAACCCAAAAUCGAGCACUAUGGAUGUAUGGUGGAUCUGUUUAGCCGAGCGGGAAUGGUCGAGCGGGCGGUGGAAUUUGUUCGAACGAUGCCGAUCGAGCCGAACCCGGUGAUAUGGAGGACACUGGUCAGUGCUUGCCGCAUCCAUGGCAGGCUUGAGCUUGGUGAGAGCAUCAAUAAGCAACUUCUUGACAAGGAUCCGAUGAACAGUUCAAGUUAUGUGAUGUUAUCUAAUGUCUAUGCAUUGACGCGUCGGUGGGACAAGAAGUGGGAGAUCAGGAAGGCGAUGAGCAAGCACGGGAUUAGGAAGGUCCCUGGAUGCAGUUCGGUGGAGCUAGAUGGUGAGAUCUAUGAGUUCAUUGCUGGAGAUACAUCGCAUUUGCAGUACAAGGAGAUCUAUGAGAUGGUGGAGGAGAUUGGAAGGAAGCUGAAGAAAGCAGGGUAUGUGCCAAUAUCUUCGGAGGUAUUGCUCGACAUCGAUGAAGGGGAUAAGGAGGAUGCAUUGCAUUGGCAUAGUGAGAAGUUGGCCAUUGCUUUCAUGAUGCUGAAGACUCCUCCAAAGACGCCAAUUCGGAUUGUUAAGAAUCUGCGGGUGUGUGCAGACUGCCAUUUAGCAACAAAAUUCAUUUCUAAGGUGUAUGAUCGUGAGAUCAUAGUGAGGGAUCGGAAUCGGUUUCAUUGUUUUAAAGAUGGGUUCUGUUCAUGUAAAGAUUUUUGGUGAAAGGAAUGCAUCAACUGGAUGUUUGUCUGAACAAAGAGUGAGUGAGUUUAAACUUGCUAUUGGACCCAAAGAAAUAGCCCUAUUGGAGGCAAAUUAUUUAUUCAUAAUUACAAAAAAAAAGAGGCAAAAAAGAAAGCUCUAUACACAUGAUGGAGACAGAAACUAGGAAUGAACAUGCUGAGAACUUGAUUUCUUAGAGAACAUAUCGAGAAAUCAGCAAGUCAUCUAAUUGAAGAAUGACAUCAGCUAGCAAAUCAUCUAAAAUAAGAUCUUCCAACUCCAGGCCUACAUACUCAGUAUCAUGUUGGAGGCUCAUCCAUCCAUCAUCCUUCAUGAAAUCUCGAGCA